UAUUCUUCGAGUGUGCGUGAUUGCGAAAGAAAACUGCGUUCCGUGAAUUUCCGUACACACUUCGAAUACGUUCCAUUUUCGUUAAGAAGAACACGCAGAAAAGUCCUCUUCACGGGACAAUGCUGUUCCGCUACACACAGCGCUUCGUUCAAGCGCACACCGGGUUGUUCCGGCACUACGCAACCGCCGAAAAGAGUGCUCUGGCCGCGCUGCGUAAAAAGACUGGCUACACGUUCGCCAACUGCAAAAAAGCUCUUGAGCUCCACGGUAAUGAUCCAGCAAAGGCCGAACAGUGGCUCCGGGAGCAGGCCCAGGCCAUGGGUUGGUCGAAGGCUACCAAGCUCGAGGGUCGCAGCACGGCCCAGGGUUUGAUCGGAGUGCUAGUGCAGCGUAACGCCGGUGCCAUGGUUGAGGUGAACUGUGAGACCGAUUUUGUAGCACGCAAUUCCAGCUUCCAGCGGUUCGUUCAAAUAGCAUCAGCCGCCUGUGUGCGUCAUCUGGCGCAUGUGGAGCCUGAUGCAAACCUCACGAAGGUGGGCUUGAAUGGAGAGGCGUUAAAACAGCUCGUGCUGGAAGAUGGCAAAACUCUUGGCGAUCAUUUGGCAUUGGUAAUCGGGAUGGUUGGCGAGAAUGCUACGCUAAACCGUGCCAUCUGCUAUAAAGCUCCGGAGAAUAUAGAAUUGACAGGUUAUGUACAUCCCGCUCCGAACGAUGAAACACCUGUCGAUGUUCCGUUGGUCGGCAAGUACGGCAGCUUGGUGGCAUUCCGAGCGGAGCAAUCCGAUUCUGAAGAAAACGAUAUCACACUGGUGGCCCGUAAGAUUUGUCAACACAUUGUCGGUAUGAAACCGGAACGGAUCGGAGAGCGCGGCAAGGAUGAACCGGCUGCUGAUAAGGACGACGAAACGUGUAUGAUCCAUCAGGAAUAUCUCGUCGACCCGAACUACACUGUCGGCGAGGUGCUGGAAGCCAGCAGAUUGCAGAUCGUCGAUUUCCAGCGAUUCGAGUGUGGCGAGAAGAGUAAAGCGGACGAUCAGAGCGUUCAGGCGGUCAACUAGUGAGGCAACGAUUACGGUUACCUAGUCACCAAUGAAUUCAUUUUAUUCACGUUAACAACACGUGCUUCUCCGCGGGACAACAUUACACCGAUUUGAAUAAAAGGUGAGUUUCCCCAUGGGUCAUUAC